AUGAUUUUAAACCAUUUUGUAAUGAUGAUAACAUUUUUACAUUUAACAAAAUCGGAUAAUAGAUGUUUUUUAGAAAAUGGCGGAUCAUCGGAAAGUUUUUUCGUUAGCGAAAGUCUUCCAGUUAAUUCAAUAAUAGGUGUUCUUAAAGUGUUUGGUAAUCCAUCUGAACAAUUUGGAGAUAUAACGUUAAAACUUCAAAGGCCCGACAGUCCGGUAAAAAUAGCAAAAGGAUCGAAAAAUUUAACACUCGUUAGACAAUUAGAUAAAGAAGGUAUCAUCGGUCCUUCUUCUGUUUAUGUUAAUAUACUUUGCGAAAGACGAGGAUUAUCAUCCGAUCCUGGAUACGUCAUACCUGUUAACAUAAGAGUAACCGAUGCGAAUGAUAACGCACCUGAAUUUAUAAACGGACCAUACGUUCUUAAUAUAUCAGAGGUAACAGUUAUAGGUACGAGAGUUUUACAAGGUAUACGAGCUGUGGAUAAAGAUCAACAGGGACCAUUUUCAACGGUGCAAUAUUCCGUCGUACCUGGUCCUUAUUCGGAUUAUUUUGUUUUUUUAAACGCACUAGAAGGAACUUUGAUAUUGAGAAAAAGUUUAGAUUAUGAAUCCAUAACAAAUUUUACUAUUAAAAUCCGUGCUCAGGAUUUAGGUUCGCCACCUCAAUAUAACGAUGCAGAAGUUAAAAUAAACGUCAUCGAUGCAGACGAUCAAAAUCCUAGAUUUAUUACCGAUAGGUAUUCAGCCGUUCUACCUUCACAACCUGCCGUAGGUACCAGAUUACGUUUAGUACCUUUUGAUUUGAUUGCAACAGAUCAGGAUAAAGGAAUUAAUUCUCCAGUAUUUUAUUCAUUUAAUUCAGAUGGAGUUGAUUAUCAACUUUUUAGUAUAGAUCCUGCAACAGGAUUCAUAACAGUUGCCAAAGAAUUAGAAGAAGAUGAUCUCAAUCAGCCAGCGACAUUAGUAGUUCGGGCAACGCAAGUAGAUAAUAAAGAUAGGUACGCACUUGCAACGGUUACAAUAUCCCGUAAGGGAGGCGGAGUUCAAACUCUUCAUUUUCUCCAAAAACUUUAUUUGGCUGGAGUUUUGGAAAAUGCACCUGUUAAUAGUGUUGUCCUUACAGCUGUUACUAAUCGUCCGAGGGACAAACGCGUUCGUCAAUGGCUGGAAAAAGAAGAGGGAGUUUUUGGAGUUAGUAAUACUGGAGAUAUAACACUUCUUAAACCUUUAGAUUAUGAAACGCGUGACGUUUACGUAUUUCGAGUACACGCUACGGAUGGUCGAAUCAAUGACACGGCAUUAGUUAAUAUAACCGUUUUAAAUGUUAACGAUUGGGAUCCGAGAUUUCGAUAUCCCCAAUAUGAAUUUUUUGUAUCUGCAAAAGACCUGGAACCUGGACAUGUCGUUGGUACCAUCGAAGCAGCAGAUGGUGAUAGAGGUGAUCAUUUGACGUUAUCAUUAAAAGGACCUCAUGCUCAUUUAUUUCGUAUUAAUAAUUCCGGUCAGCUGUCAAUAAUUUCAUCACAAAGUAUAAAUUCAUCGGAUGCUCAUAUAGUAGCCGUUGCUACGGAUAGUGGUCUUCCUCCACGGCAAACAAGCGUGCCAAUAACGAUACAUUUUCCUAAUAAAAUAAUCAAAGCUGCCAACACAUGGCUUUCAGGGGGUGAAAGUUUUUUAAUGAUUGGAGUAUUUUCAACCCUUUUAAUUUUUCUUUUAUUAAUUAUAAUUGCACUCGGUCUUUAUAUACAUAAAGGAAAAAGAAAAAAAAAAGUCGAAGACAGUUCGGAAAAAUCAAAUUCAUCAAGUUCGACAGAUUGUAAAACAUCCGACAGUUCAUCUUCACUAUCACCCAAUUUAAUGGAUGUGGAUGGUAGAGUUUUCAAUAAGUUUAAUCCACCGCCAUCUACGAAGAGAAUAGCUCCGACACCACCACAAAUUUCAGAAGAACAAGAAUGUACCUGUUCUCUAGGUUCAAGAGAAUGGAUGAACGGUUCGAUUCCAAGAAGAGUAAAAAAACUUAGUUGGGAUGAUGAUAAUGAUGAUAACGUUAACGAUAACAUUCAGCGACAGGAAAGGCUAUUGUCAUACUGGACGAUGGUCGUCGCUCCUGAUCAAUGCACGGAAAUAUAA